CAUUUUCACCAAAAGAAACAAAUUUAAAAAGCACAAUCUAGUCCCAUCUAUUGCCACACAACCUUAGAUCAUCCAAAAAGACAACCUUCAAUUCCCCAAAUACCUCAAAAGUUCAAAACCUCCAUCUAAAAUCCAUACAUUCUUGAAGGAACAAAAAAUGUCUCCUUUAAGAAUUUUGUGUGCUGCCAUAGCUCUUCUGCUUCUUGCACAUUUCCCUGAAUCUUCAUCAUACAAACAGCAAGAUUCCAGCAGCCGUGGCUUCGACGAACACCAUGAGAGUUCUCAGAAGGUGUUUGAUAUUUUAGUUCAUGGAAUCUUGUUGUGGGCAUCAAUGGGAUUCUUGAUUCCUUUAGGAAUAUUGGUAAUGAGAAUUUCGAGCUGCAGAAGUGAUUUUCAACCUUCUAGGCAUAAAACAGUGUUCUAUGUUCAUGCAGUUUUGCAGGUGCUUUCAGUUCUACUUGUUACUGCUGGAGCAAUUCUAUCAAUAAGAAACUUCGAGAAUGCAUUCAACAACACACAUCAAAGAAUAGGGCUGGCUCUUUACGCUGCUAUUUAUAUGCAACUUAUCCUCGGAUUUAAAAGGCCUAAAAGGGGGACUAGAGCUAGAAGUGCAUGGUACUUCUUACAUUGGUUACUAGGUACAAUAACAUGUUUGGUUGGAAUCUUAAAUAUUUACACAGGAUUACAAGCUUACCACAAAAGAACUUCAACAAACACAGCCACUUACACCAUAAUCUUCACAGCUCAAUUAUCUUUCAUGAUUAUUGUAUAUCUUUUCCAAGACAAAUGGGAUUACAUUUUAAGACAGGGGAUGCCACCUGGCAUUGUUGGUAGUGAUCCAAACAAUCCCUUAACAUCAUCUCAACAAGUGGAAGACCAAAUUAGGGAUUUGUUGAAUGAACCAUGUAGGAAGAGCAAUGCAUUGGGCACUCACUUUUCAAGAACCAAUGUGCUCAAUAAACUAUUUCAACUUACUUAGAACACACGUAUGAUACGUGUUUUUUUUUUUUUUGCAAUUCAAUAAUAUAGUAUUGUACAUAAUAUGGCAUUAUAUUCAAAUACAUUGUUUUGUUUUGUUCAUGGGAAUCCACAGUCAUUAUCUUUGAGCAAA